AUGUCUAAAAACCCUCCGCAACUGAAAUCAAUGCUAUUUAUAUGCACGUUUCUAACUUCCAGCGGCGUGCGAGCAAAGACGGAACCAGCGAGUACAAAGAUAACGUCAAGGUGUCUUGAGGCGCAGUAUACUACGCACCUAGCAACGGAUUUGGAAGGCCGUACAACAGGCCUCAAUCAAGCACUAACAACACUAAAACAACACUUGAAUGCGUGGAAGCUGCUGGCACAAGCAGCAGAAGCCGCAGACAUCCGGGGAGGAGCGUACCUUCUGGCCUCGUCCGCGGAAGAGGAGGUAAGGCGAAAAGAACAAGAAAUACAAACAUACACCGACACAAUACAAACAGCUGUCACGAGGCUUCGGCGGAGGGCGUUAUACACAGCUGCACUAGACAGCAUUGACUAUAAAAAGGCGGCGGCCGCGCCAACAAAAGGGACCGGCGCCGCCAGCGAAUUUACAUGCGCACAGGUUUUCCCAGCCACAGCAGCAUCAACAAAACCAGACUGUAAACUAGACGACCUAACGACGAUCUUCAACGGCGACAAGACGCUAAACCUGGAGGGAGUACACACAAUAAAACUGCUGACAGAGGAAUCGCUGGCGCCACCGCAACCAAAAGUCGUAUCCACAGCCAAGGGCAACCAAGCCGAUUACAACCUGGCUCCACUAACGCCCGGCAAAUGCGCAACAAGCGCAAGCGGAGGCGCCGACGUCUAUGUCAAACUGGAUAUUUCAGCAGAUCCGUCAGCGAAAGCAACAGCCGAACCAGUACAACUCCACAAGCCACCAGGUCCAGGACCAAACUGCAUACCGGAGCCAGACACCAAAGAACAGAUCAUCACAAACAACGACUAUGUCAUCGCUGCGGUCUGCCGAGCACUCCACGCAAGCAAACCAGCCAUUUCUAAACCAGAAGACUACGGCGGUGACACGAUCGCCACAAACAGGGCAAACCAGCAACUUUUUGCUGACUAUAUCGCAGAAACAACGGGGGAACAGAUGACCAAGGAGCAGAUAGAAGCCAAACUUAAGGACAUGUACAGCACCAAGGGAAAUAACUUCGAAAAUAACUUCAUCAAAACCCUUAACAGCGUAACAGCGACGUAUACGACAGAAGAUAAAACCAAAACUGGCAAGCUUCUAGAAAUAGCAAAAGAUGGAAACACAGUAAAAGCCUUCGCUUACUUGGAUGCCAGAAGGACAGACACUAAAAAAAAAGCCGAUGACGGCAGGGAAAAGGACGGCGCGAAGAAAACAGACACAAAAAACAAAACCGAAGAAAAGAAAGACGGGGAUAAUAAAACAACCACAGCUGAUUGCACAGGCACUGAAGAAGGUAAAUGUGACAAGACAAAAUGCGAUUGGAACGCUGAGAAAAAACAGUGCAAAGUCAAAGAGGGAGCGGCUGUUAUUUCAGCUGUAAUUAAAGCCCCUCUUUUGCUUGCAGUUUUGCUUCCAUAA